AUCCAGCCUGUUGCCUGUCCUUGCCCUUCUAGGAGAGAAAGCAGUAGCGCGACCAUACCAAACGACAGAACUCUCACAGCGCGCUGCCGGAGAUGUGAACUUUUACCUUCCGCUAGACAAGCGGUUGGACACUCCGAGAUGGUGCAUCAUGCUGAGCACCAGGUUAACCGUGAUGCAAGCCGCUCCAGAGUACAAGGCCGAGAUCUUGUUCGCCGGCGCAGCGUAUGGUCUCAGCGGCCUCACAGCGUACGACGUCUGCACGCAUCUUCCCGGCAACAACGACUGCUCGCGGUUCGCCUACCUUGUUGCCGACGUCGUUACUGUGAUCGCAGAAGGGGUUGCACACCGCAAGGACUUGCCCCUUUAUGGAAACGAGAAAGCUAAAGGAUGAGCUCAAAAGCCGUGAUCUAUUCCAACGAAGCUUUGAAGAUAGACUCCUCUUGCAUGGGCGGGACUUCGAAGCCGUGAACGUUAUGCCCAUAGCUUCCCGAGACGAAACCAGCGAGCCGUCGGCGACUAAGCUCCAAGUCCUCGGUUUGCGCCAUGAAAACGGGGACGUAGCCGAUCACGAGUUGCACAUGCGUUCCGACGUGACAGGUGUAGCUCGACUCUCAGUCCCUUCCCGGUCGGCGGAUGGCACACUGGAGCGACGAGGUUCUGGGUACGACUUCUUGGUCUCGUACAAGGCAUACAAGUAUGACAUGAGCACCCAGCCAAACGAGAAUGGCAUCAAGGCAGUUGCAGACGCCAUCGGCAAGGACUGGGCCAGUAGGAUGACCGACCAUAAAGAUUGGGCUAACUACAUUGCCGCGGCGCAAUUCGGAUCGCAAUGGAGGAUCAACUUUGACAUUAUUCCCGAGUCGGGUGACAACUGGAGCGAGAACGCCCAAAGCCAAAAUGUCUGCGGAAAUGCCGAGCACAACUUCUAAGUGAGGAGAUAUCCCUGCACAAUACUCUGUUACUUCAUUAGGUUAGCUAGAUGUUGAGUGGAAUGCAUGAUUCGUAUAACUAGUUGUCUUAAGAACUCAGCUCUUACGCGACAAUUUGAGUCUUGCGCAUAUGUCACCAACGAAAUGUAUUAUAACAAAUACUACGUGUAUCCAAGUUAUUGUAGUAAAUAAAAUGAGAAGAUCAACCAAGAAUAGAAUGGCUAUGUAACUCUUA